ACAAAAUAUAAACUUUUGUUGUAACUCAUUUUUUGUUUUGCUCAUGAAGAGGACACUACAUUUCCGUAGCAAUGAAAUUUAAAACAAUAAAUCAUUUUUACAGAAAUGUAUUGCUUUUAGGUUUCUUAGUUACAAACAUGUGUUUUGCGAACAAGACACAUUUCUCAAGAUGGAUAAAGAUAGACACUGAGUAUCCAAAAAAUAUUUACAUUUUUGAAACUAUUUUAAUGAAGGGACUUGACCAUUGUAUAGAAAGUUGUAAGACAAAGGCAAUGUGCGAAUACAUUAAUUUCGAAGUUAAUGCGAACAUGUGCUCUCUUAUUGGAGUUGAAAAAAAUGUUUCAGAUGAUCCCGAUGAAAAGAUAGAGAAGAAAAAGGGACACGUUCUUGGAAAGAAAAAGGACUGGAAUUUGGACGAGUAUGAGGUGUGUAAAUUAUGUAAUCAUUCUGGAGAAUGCAAUGUAGACCAGAAAUGUCAAAACUCAGGAUGUGGUCCGCCUAGGGAAAAGGAGAAUGCAACUAUACACGGAAACAUGUUCUUCAUCGGGGACAAGGCUGAAUACAAAUGCCAAAAAGGUUACAAAAACAUGUUUAACAACACAGGUAUAGUGACAUGUCAAAGCUCUGGAACAUGGAGUAUCACCAAUUUCAAGUGUGUUAAAGAUGAAUGGAUUUGCCAUGGCAACUCGUGUUAUUUUGUGGACCAAACUCAGCGGAGCUGGUAUGAGGGGAAGAUCCACUGUAAUGAAACUGGAGGGUUUCUGGCAGACAUUAAAUCGCAGCAAGAAAAUUUGUUCAUUAUAGAGAAUGUUCUUAAUGUCUACACGUCAGAGAUGUGGAUAGGAGGAAAUGAUUUACAGAAUGAAAGGAAUUGGCGUUGGCUGGAUGGCACGCAGUUUGGUGACUGGACUGGCUGGGGACAGGGGGAGCCGGGAGGGUUUUUUUUAGAAAAUUGUUUGUUAUUAUGGAGUGAUAACAUGUGGCAUGAUGCUAAUUGUUAUUGGCGACAUAAAAGUCUUUGUAAAUUUAACAUAUGAUUGCGCUUUGUAAGAAUUCAACAUAUGAUUGCAUUAUGCAGUAAAAGGAAAUUUCUACUCAACUUUUGUUUAAUUGUGUGAAUGUUAUGGCCAAAUCUAUCAUACAUUAUUAUUAUUAUUGUCUGUAAGUUUCUAUCUGUCAUUAUGAGAUCUGUUAAGACAUAAACUGAGUCUGUUGUUGACAUGUGUGUUCCAUUAUUAAAAUGACAUUAUAUCCAUCAAAGUGUAAAGAGGCAGUGAACAGUUAAGACUAAAAUAAUUUGACAUUUACCAUUAUUGUGUUUAAUUUCUAUAUUUUACGAGUGAAAAGAAAAACUAUGAUAAGUGUGACCAAAGGAAAUUUCUUUUAAUUUCGUUAAGAAUAAAUUGGUAACCCUUAAUUCUUAAAAAGAGUUAGACGGUCUUUUAUUAUAAUCAAUUAUUGGUCAAUCACCAUCAUUUGAAAUAUAUUACCAAUUAAGCUUAAUUGGCAUUGAAAAAAGUCACGUUAACUACAUAAAAUAGACUGGUUUAAAUUUCAACGUAUAGCGCUUAUGAUUUUGACAGAUAUGUAUAAAAAGGUUCAUUUUUGUGUUCAAUCGUGUCAAAGUCCAAUUAUUUUCAGUCUGCAUUUGAUAUAGAGGUUAUAUAUCUCUUUAUUUGUGCUUUUGUUCUUUCUUUCAUAGUUAUAUAAUGUUAGAGAAUCUAUGAUCUACUUUCAAGAGAAAACAUAACUUGUGUUGUUUUGUUUUUUUAAAUUAUUAAAUAUAUGCUGGAAUCUUUAUUGUAAAAAUAACUCUGCGUAAUACUUUUAUUUAUUGUGUUUUCUUUUCCAAUGUUUAAAGUAAGAUU